AAAGGAAGAGGGAACGAACGAGAGAACUGUCCGGUCUGAGCAGUGGCUCGCGCAUGCGCGAAUCAGUAGCAAUGCACUGGCACGUAAUGCUAUCGGCGAGCCAGUCUGACGCCAGGCACCGCGACGCUAUGACGUCACUGGUCCGCGUUUUUCCACCGAUCGUUCCACGACAGCGACCCGUAUCGAGCCACUGAGCGAUUCUUUCGAGCCGAUCCGGACCAAGCAGGGGACUUUGGUACAUUUCAUCCUUUUCUCUCCCCCCUCCUCAACAACAAAUUAUCCUCUUUCCUCCUCUUGCCUUCUGUUCGAGAAAACUCUUCGGUGAACAAGAUCGCCACGACUUUGGGAUAAAGUGAAGAGAAAGAGAGAGAGAGAGAGAGACAAUUGUUCGUUCUCUACUCGAACAUUUGAAACGUUUUAAAAGGAAUUCGAUCGGUGAUCGAUCAAUUCGAUUGAAAGAUGCGAGGCGAACGGUGAGAGACUCCGUUCCACGCCUGGGGAUCAGGGAUUAUUAGAAACAGAGAGCGAGUUGCGACGCGGUGAAGAAAGGGAUUGACCGUUCGAGAGAGAGAGAGAGAGAGAGAGAGAGGAUUGCAGAGAAACAUGGGGAAGAAGAACAGCAAGUUGAAACAGGAUACCAUCGAUCGACUCACCAGCGACACGUAUUUUACCGAGAAGGAGAUUCGACAAUGGCACAAAGGAUUCCUGAAAGACUGCCCCGACGGGUUGCUGACGGAACAGGGUUUCAUAAAGAUCUACAAGCAGUUCUUUCCCCACGGCGAUCCAUCGAAAUUCGCCUCCCUCGUUUUCAGAGUGUUCGACGAAAAUAGCGACGGCACGAUAGAAUUCGAAGAGUUCAUAAGGGCGCUCUCGGUGACGUCGCGCGGAAACUUGGACGAGAAACUUCACUGGGCGUUUCGACUCUAUGACGUGGAUAACGAUGGUUUCAUCACAAGGGAGGAAAUGUACAAUAUCGUCGACGCGAUGUACGAGAUGGUGGGUCAACAGCCGCAGGCGGAAGACGAGAACACGCCGCAGAAAAGGGUGGACAAGAUCUUCGAUCAAAUGGACAAAAACCACGACGACAAGCUGACCCUGGAGGAGUUUCGGGAGGGUAGCAAGGCCGACCCGAGGAUCGUGCAGGCGCUGUCGCUAGGCGGCGAGUAACGGCAGCCCUUCUCGAGGCCGGACAAAUCGUCGUCGUCGUUCGUUUCAAGCCGAACGAUCGCCCCGUCGCCUCGAUCCGGUCGUCGAAACGGAUAACAGAGAAAGAGAGAGAGAGAGAGAGA